GUAGAUGCAAGUAAAAAAUAAUCUAAAAUAAAAAGUUAUUUGAAUUAUUGGUAUAUCAGUUAUUAAAUUUUGUUAAAUGAAUAAUUUAAGUGUACCAUAUAAAUUAAAAUUAUGUCAGACACCGAGGAUGAGGAUGUUCCAAAUAGAACUGUUAAAAUUACAGUUGUUGGUGAACCUUCAACUGGGAAGACAAGUCUGUGCACGCGGUACUUGGGCGGCGCCGGGGCGGGCGCGGGCGGCACGCAGGGCGCCGAGGUGAUGGCGGGGCAGUGCCUCGGGCUGCGGCCGCCGGUGCCGCUGCAGCUGUGCGAUGUGGCCGGCAACGCGAUCACUACUUGCAUGCUGGAUAAUUAUUUGUACUCUUCAGAUGUGGUGAUAUUUGUUUAUGAUUUAACGAACCUCCAGAGUUUCGAAAAGCUAAGCUUGUGGAUAACAACAGUUAAAGAUAUAUUUAAUUCUGAAAUCAAAAAACCUCUGAUGGCACUUUUUGGGAAUAAGUCUGAUCUAGAACAUCAAAGGGCUGUGAGGCUGUCCUGUGUGCAGAAGUUAGCUUCAGAGUAUCUAUUGGAAAAUUUCAAGGGUUCUGCUAGAACUGGAGAAAUGGUGAACAGUGCCUUCACAAGGCUGGUAGCGCGCGUAAUGGGGGUAAACGUAGCGCGUGCAUUAGCCCGGCCGCCCGCCGAGACCAACGGGGCCUCGCCGCGCCCGCUGGUAGAGGAACAAACGCACAACCUCAUCAUGACGAGGAAGGCCAUGCGGAGAGCGCAGCGGAGAUCCUCCUCGUCUAUAUGUUCCAUUGUUUAA